GAAGUUUCUACACUUAUAAGAGAGAACGCUUAAACUGGAAAUAUCUCAGUGCAACUAGAAUCUUUCGGCCCACAAGAUGCGGUCCCCUGUUUUUCUCAUUUCGCUGGUGUCGUUAUCCAUUUUAUUUUCAACCGCCGUUGGACAGAAUUGCGGAAAACUCGAUGAAAAGCAGUUCAAAAACAAUAGCACCACGACGGAGAUAGAUGAGCAUCCGUGGAUUGCCAGAGUCGAGCACACCGAUAGGAGUGGUGACCGUUCCUGGGGCUGCGUGGGCGUCCUCAUAGAUGCACGCCGGGUCCUAACUGCCGCUCACUGCGUUUUAAGGCCUACCUUUGAGGUUACAGCCGUGAUUUUCGGCGACUGGGAUGGCAGCAAUGAUGUCGCUGAUCCGGAUUGCAAUAGUGAGGGACGCUGCACCCCCACGCCCCAGCGAGUGACUGUCAGCGAGGUCAAAGUUAGACCAGAUUACUCACCUGAGAAUAUCCAAAAUGACCUGGCUAUAAUCACGCUUCGGAAGGACGUGGAGUACAGCGACUACAUCCAACCCAUAUGCCUGCCUUCGGCCACCAAAAGCGAAGUGCCCAAUGGAGAUCUUACAGUGGCAGGCUUCGAAAGACCCCCGCUGAGGGAGAGGGGAGAGGUCAAUCUUAUCAAGGAGCGUAUAAAGAUGCCGUUUACAAGGAAAAGUGGCGCCGAGUGCCACAAACAGCUUUCGCAGUUUCCGGCAGAGCUCAUCUGCGGCAGCACCGAACGAGAUCCCCUCUCCGGUAGUGCUUUGGUGGAGACUUCAGGCACUCCUCGAAAGUACCACUUAACUGGCAUUGCAGUGGCGGGCUUUUACUCCAAAUCCUUGAAAACUGAUUUCCAAGGCCAUGUAAACAUCAGAUCCCACUUGAAUUGGAUAAAUGCUUUGUAAAAAUAUAAUGUGGGAAUGAGCAAAAUAUACACAGCAUGAGUAGUGAAUAAAAACUGCCCAAAAUUGA